AUGUUUGGUAAAAUUACUCAUUAUGCAAUUGAUUUAGUUAUGGUGUCUAUUAUAUUAGCAUCUGUUCAUAGAAAUACAGGUUUAGUUUUUGAUGUUUCUCAUUUCAGUUCAAUUGAUGUUAGAAAUUGGUUUGGACAAUAUUUAUCAUUUGGUGAAACUUGUUAUGAUAAAUUAAUUAUUAUAUUACGUAUUUCAGGUUAUUUUAAACAAAAGAAUUUGAUUUAUGAUCAUGUUGAAAAAGAAGCUAAUAAAUUUAUAAAAGAAAAGACAGGAAGGGAUUUAAAUGAUUUUAAGAAAUAA